UCUCUCUCUCUGUUUUCUUCUAUCUGAAGAAAAACAAUAAUAACUCUGAGUGGUGAAGCCCCAAAGAUGACCAAAAAAUAAAUAAAUAAAAAUAGAAUGGCGGUGUAGGGGCGGGGAGAAAAUCUCCAUAGAUGACAUGCUUUUAGAAAGGUCAAAAGCAACCCAAACUGAACAAGACCGUUGUUUAGGUCUCCAGUAGCAAGAAAAUGUCCGUCUUCAUAAAAGGAGAUGAGAUGCAGGAAAAAAUGUGGGAGUUGCCAGUGGCAUGAGGUGGACAGGCAGGGGAGAGAAAAGCAGAAGUGGGGAGAUGCUUUCAGUUUGGGUCUCUGGGGAGGGGGUUCGGAAAUCCCAGGCACCACCCUUUAGGAGUAGGAUUGGGCCUGGAACCAACCCAGAAGGACUGGGCCUACUCUCUUCUCAAGGGAGGAAGCAGGAGGCUCAGACCCAGGCCUGAUGCCAUCACAGUGAGCCCCAUACAAGUACCUCAGUGGCUGACAUCUUGCUGUCAGUCCCUCAGAGGCAGGCUGGGUUGGGCUGGGUCAAUGUGAGGGAGCUAGAAGGGAUAGGAACUGGUCCCAAAAGAUGAGACUCAGCAGUCAUGUGGAAGAGGGCUCCAGCUAGGGGGAGGAGGCGGGGUCCACCGAGAGCCACCCCCCACCCAGGACUUGUUUCCCGUGUGGUUUUCUGCACUUCCUGUUCCCCUGCUCACUGCGGAAGUUCCUCAUCUCACCCUGCACCCUGAGCCUGGGCGGAGAGGACAAGGGCAGAAGGCACCAUGAGUGGGGGCCCUGCGGGAGGUAGGCCUGGGGGCCGAGGUGGACCAGGUAUCCAGCAAAACAUCCCCUCUUCUCUCCUCCGAGAACAUGAGAACCAGCGACUCUUUGAGAUGCUUGGCCGGAAAUGCUGGACACUGGCCACUGCGGUUGUUCAGCUCUACCUGGCCCUGCCCCCGGGAGCUGAGCACUGGACCAAGGAGCAUUGUGGGGCUGUGUGCUUCGUGAAGGAUAACCCUCAGAAGUCUUACUUCAUCCGCCUUUACGGCCUUCAGGCUGGCCGGCUGCUCUGGCAACAGGAACUAUACUCACAGCUGGUUUACUCCACUCCCACCCCCUUCUUCCACACCUUCGCUGGAGAUGACUGCCAAGCAGGCCUCAACUUUGCAGAUGAAGGUGAGGCCCAGGCCUUCCAGGCACUGGUACAGGAGAAGAUACAGAAAAGCAAUCAGAGGCGAAGUGGAGACCGACGCCAGCUGCCCCCACCACCCACACCCACCAGUGAAGAGAGAAGAGGAGGGCUCCCGCCGCCGCUGCCCCCUCACCCAGCUGGAGAUCAAGGCGGCCCAUCAACUGGCCCACUGUCCCUGGGGCUGGUGACAGUGGACAUCCAGAACCCGGACAUCACAAGUUCAAGAUAUCGUGGCCUGCCAGCCCCUGUGCCUGGCCCGAGUGACAAGAAACGCUCAGGGAAGAAGAAGAUCAGCAAGGCUGAUAUUGGUGCGCCUUGCGGAUUCAAACAUGUCAGCCACGUGGGAUGGGACCCCCAGAGCGGAUUUGAUGUGAACAACUUGGACCCCGAUCUGCGCAGCCUGUUCUCCCGGGCGGGAAUCAGCGAGGCCCAACUCACAGACGCUGAGACCUCCAAGCUCAUCUACGACUUCAUCGAGGACCAGGGCGGCUUAGAGGCUGUGCGGCAGGAGAUGAGACGCCAGGGGCCGCUGCCACCACCCCCACCACCAUCCCGAGGAGGAGGAAUCCAGCCCCCCAGACCCCCGGCUGUGGGGGCCAAUAAGGGUCGUUCUGGUCCCCUGCCCCCUGUACCUUUGGGAGGUGCCCCACCCCCACCCACCCCCCGGGGUCCCCCAGCCCUAGGUCGAGGGGGUCCUCCGCCACCACCCCCUCCGGCCACAGGCCGCUCUGGACCACCACCCCCACCUCCGCCCUCUGGAGCCGCGGGCCCACCCUUGCCGCCCCCGCCACCACCACCGCCCCCUCCACCCAGCAUCGGGGAUGGGCCAGUCUCUCCUCUGCCCCCUCCUACCUUGGGGUCUGUGGGGAGCCAGGCCCCUGGCGGGGGUCGGGGGGCACUCUUGGACCAAAUUCGGCAAGGGAUUCAGCUGAACAAGACCCCAGGUGCUCCCGAAAACUCAGCGCUGCAGCCUCCCCCACAGAGCUCCGAGGGGCUGGUGGGGGCUUUGAUGCACGUCAUGCAGAAGAGGAGCAAAGCCAUUCACUCCUCAGACGAAGAGGAGGACCAGGCCGGCGAUGAUGACGAUGACGACGAGUGGGAUGAUUGAGCCACCCCUUGUCCUCAAGUGCUCCCCUGCAGCAGCUGCUAGCUUCCCAACUUUUGGCUUCCAAGCUCCCAAUCCCCAUUUCUUCCCUUCCAGCACGCCCCCCCCUCCAGAUUGUUACCUUGGACUGACACCACCCCCACCCCCCCCGCCUCUUUCCUGUGCUCCCCCUGGCAAUAGUCUGGACUCUAUAAAAUCUCUUAGGGACUUUGAAGAUGUCUCGGAUAUUUUUAAACACAAAGCCAAUAAACAUUUUGGUUC